GAGAGGGACACAAGCUGCUUUUUAUUCAGCAACCAGCUCUCUGAGGAUCUGACAGUCUCCUGCAGUCACUCUGCGAACACGCUUCUCUCUGACGGAGAUCAACGUCUCCAAUAAUUCACUUUAACAUCCACGGCAGACCCACUCUCCCUUGGACUGUGCUUUUUAAACUGCUCACAGGCUCUGGGUUUUCCUGGUGAUGACCUCAAUCCUGCGCCCUGGCAACACCUACGCUGCGAUGAAGGACCUCUCCUCGUCAUCCUCUCCUCUCACCUCCCUUCUCCACUACUCUUCCUCCAAGCCCUCCGUCGUGCCUUUCUCCCCCUCGGCGGGUCCCGCCUCGUCGCCGGGGGUCUCGCUGCCGUCGGCGCCGCUCUCCAAAUCGCAGCCUUUCUGUCUGCAGACAGGGCCGCACCUCAUAGCCAGCAUGCAGCUGCAGAAGCUCAACUCUCACUACCAGAACCUGGCCUCGGGGGUCUCCGCCGGCCACUCGGCGCCCGGCGGAGCCCAGAAGAGCUUCGGUGGCUCCCCGCUGGGCGCGGCCAACCCUCUCCUGGGGCCCCCCGGAGGCCUGGGCGGCGGGAGCAUGGGCGUGGGGAUGGGCAUGGCGGGCCAGGGCUCCGGACCGGGUGGACUUAUUGACUUUGACCCCGUGGACGAGGAGGUACUCAUGUCUCUGGUGGUCGAGCUGGGCUUGGACCGAGCCAACGAGCUGCCAGAGCUCUGGCUGGGACAGAACGAGUUCGACUUCAUGUCAGACGUGCCGGCCGGAUGCUGACCUGCGAGAUGAAAAAAAAUACAAUAAAAAAUCACAAACAUUCGGAUUCAGCGCGAUUGCUCGACAAAGAGAGAGAAGGCCUCUCUCACCGUUUCAUCGUUUUUUCUCUCCCCUCUCUUCGGUUGGUCGAAACGUCAAGGAAGCGUGGAGAGCGUUCAAGAGAUUUCGAAGGCACAUUCCUGUUUCUGUCUUACUGUCAUGGUAUUAUCUGUGAGCAGGAAGUCCUGGAAAAAGGACAGCUCUUCUUAGUUUGUUUUGUAAAUGGGGUUGGUUUUCGUUUAACCGGUGAGUUUGUUUCACUCACUCUAUGUUCUGUGUUUCUUUAAGAAAAACCCCAAAGCACAAGCAGGGUAUGUCCUCUUCCCUCCACCACUGAAUCGCUGGGCCUUAAUGAAAACCGGUUGACUGAUGUGAGAGGGGUUCAAAGGGACAUGUGAGCCGACCCCUCGGAGGCCGGACUAUAAAGACGAGUAAGACGCACCUGUCGGACUUGGAUCGGUGCAUAAAGAACAUGAAAACAGUGGACCGGGGCUCGAUGGGAGAGCCGCAUGAAAAAAAAAAGAAGGACGACAAACACUACGCUUCCUGUUUUCUUAAUAGACAAUAUUAAGCCUGCGCUCUCGUGGGAAAGAGACUUCAGCCUCUUUGGCUUCACAAAGAUCUGAUUGUCUGAGAACUGGUUAUCUCCACAUACUUCUCUCUUUUUUUUUUUUUUUGUUUGAAUUUAGAUCAAGCAGUUUUGUCCUGGUUACUUAAGACAGCGGCUGAUAUCCAUCAGGAGUCUCGGACAAGGAGACCUUCUAUAGUCCCUGUUUUCUGAACAUAAUGACUCAGAUUAAGACACAUGGAAGCUUUAGGAGCAUGUGACAUGAAUACCAUAAAACCUUUUUAGCUGUGGAGCACAGUCCCUCUGAAACAACUGGAGCCUCUUGGUCAUUUCUGUGCCAAGCUAAAAGAAUGCAAUCCCUAAAUAUAUAUGGACAUAAAACCCUAAAGGUUCUAUUUACACGCCAUCUGUUUCACGGUUUUUCUACUUUAUUGCUCAGAUAUUGUUGUUUAAACAGCUUUUAUCAGCUCACAAUGACCUUAAUGCCGCUCCCUUCCAUGUUUGUGACGAGGAAGCAGUCUCUGCUUCAGAGAUGGCAGGCCUGCAGCCUCGUGUUUCCUCUCCCCUUUGACCCGGAGAGAACCAUGUAGAGCCAACCUGUCGUGUUGCUGUCUAGGUUGGUAAAGAUCAAAAUCUAGAAAAAACAAAUUACCUUUUUCCUAAGACAUUAGCUUUGAUUUGAUAUGUAAACUGGUAACGCCUUGGUAGGUUUAAUAGAGUUAAUACUUUAAAUUUGCUUCUCAGCCAGCUAAAACUUUUUUUUAUCCUGGCAAGAGCAGCCAACAAUCUACACACUAUUAGAGAGGAUUGAAACCACUUGCCCGCUGCUGCACAGAGCCCUCAGGCUCGACCCGCUGAAACUCUGACCUGAGAGGGACAACCUCCAGCGGGAUUGCGGUGGAUUAGACUCAAACGGACUGGGAUCUGUUAAAGUGUGUGGAGAACUAACGCAGAUACGGUUCCAUGUGUUUUCAGACGUCCAGAGUUUUCUGUCCUUUUUUCAUUUGUUUUUAACAUAGAAAUAAAAUUAUUUACUAUGAAAAUAUGUCAGAUAUUCCUGGUCAAACUUUAAAUAUAGAAGUUGCCAAAACAGCAGAGUGACAGUCGGAUGGAUGGAUGGAUGGAUGGAUGGAUGGAUGGAUGGAUGGAUGGAUGGAUGGAUGGAUGGAUGGAUGGAUGGAUGGAUGGAUGGAUGGAUGGAUGGAUGGAUGGGAAUAAAAGCAUGUAUAGAAAAGUCAUGUAGACAGAGGUAUAAUGGGAAGAACGUCGGUAAAUCUCGAUUUUCCAUACUUUUCCAGACUGUGCAGGUACCCUGACACUCUGACAUGUUUUAAUGUUUUCAUUCAGCUGAGGCCUUAGAAACUGUUUCUCUGGAGCUUUCCGCUGCGGCACAAGACAUAAUUGGAUUGCUUUAAUUUAAAAGUGGCCUGAAAGUGUCAGGCUACACAAUCAAACGUGUGCUCGUGCCACGCGAUAUGACUGAAAGCUGCAGAAACCAUGCUAAUAAGGGAGCCUUUGGGUUUAUAUUAUGUGAACCUUUUUCCUACAUGUGAAACAAGAUGCUUAAUCGUGGUUUUCAUAUUAUCUUACAUUACAACAGAUUGAAAACUGGUGAUUGACCCGUCAUGUCAUUGUAUUACUUUAGAAACACAUGCAGUAGGAUAUAAAUCAGUAUUUAAUCAGGAUACAGAUCACUCUUCAGGCAAAAAGGAAAGAUAUCUCACAGACUCGUGCUUUUAACUCCCUGAUCUUUUCAUGUUUGCUGCAUACAUGGUUGGUUGUGUAUUUAUAUGAUCGUAAAUAAAGUUAAAGCUGCAACUCGC